AUGAGUUUUGGUUUCUCUCCCGGCGAGAUUGUCCAUGAUUUCAAGAGGACCAUCAACAAGUAUGAGAAAGCAAUGGGGAAAUCAUCUCAGCGUGGACGUGCAAAAAGCGUUCCAAGGAAAGUCCAGAGGGCCAUUAGUGCCGCUGAUGGUGUCAACAAAUUCAGACAGAACCUUUCUGCGCACGUUAAUCUCAUUCACCUGACUGUAAUCCCAGAAGCUGUUGCCCGUGGUCGAGCCUGGCGACGAUUGACUGCGAUAUUGUGA